AUGGAUGUGAAUUCAGUCACUAUCUCUGUUGAGGGAAUGACAUGUAUUUCCUGUGUCCGGACCAUUGAACAGCAGAUCGGGAAAGCGAAUGGUGUCCAUCACAUUAAAGUUUCACUGGAAGAAAAAAAUGCAACUAUUAUUUUUGACCCUAAACUUCAGACUCCAAAGACCCUCCAAGAAGCUAUCGAUGACAUGGGCUUUGAUGCUCUUCUCCACAAUGCCAGCCCUCUCCCUGUUUUAACCAAUACUGUGUUUCUGACUGUCACUGCUCCACUGGCUCUGCCAUGGGACCAUAUCCAAAGCACAUUGCUGAAGACCAAGGGUGUGACUGGUGUUACGAUUUCCCCUCAGCAAAGAACUGCAGUAGUAACCAUAAUCCCUUCUCUAGUGAGUGCCAGUCAGAUUGUGGAGCUGGUCCCAGACCUCAGUUUAGACGUGGGAAGUCAGGAGAAAAAGUCAGGAGCAUGUGACGAACACAGCACGCCUCAGGGCGGAGAAGUCAUGCUGAAGAUGAAAGUGGAAGGGAUGACCUGCCAUUCCUGCACUAGCACCAUUGAAGGCAAAGUUGGGAAGCUGCAAGGUGUUCAGCGAAUUAAAGUGUCCCUAGACAACCAAGAAGCUACUAUUGUUUAUCAGCCUCAUCUGAUCACAGCAGAGGAAAUAAAGAAGCAGAUUGAAGCUGUGGGCUUCCCAGCCUUCAUAAAAAAGCAGCCCAAGUACCUCAAAUUGGGAACCAUUGAUGUCGAGCGCCUGAAGAAUACAUCAGUCAAAUCCCCAGAAGGAUCACAGCAGAAGAGCCCAUCUUAUCCCAGUGAUUCAACAGCCACAUUCAUCAUAGAGGGCAUGCACUGUAAAUCAUGUGUGUCAAAUAUCGAAAGUGCUUUAUCUACACUCCAGUAUGUAAGCAGUAUAGUCGUUUCUUUAGAGAAUAGGUCAGCCAUUAUAAAGUACAAUGCAAGCUCAGUCACUCCAGAAACGCUGAGAAAAGCAAUAGAGGCUGUUUCGCCAGGGCAAUACAGAGUUAGUAUUGCAAAUGAAGUUGAAAAUACCUACAGCUUUCCCUCCAGUUCAUCUCUUCAAAAGAUGCCUUCGAACAUAGUGAGCCAGCCUCUGACCCAAGAAACUGUGAUUAACAUUAAUGGCAUGACUUGUAAUUCUUGUGUCCAGUCUAUAGAGGGUGUCAUAUCAAAAAAGCCAGGUGUAAAAUCCAUCCGUGUUUCCCUUGCAAAUAGUACUGGGACUGUUGAAUAUGAUCCUCUACUAACUUCUCCAGAAACCUUGCGAGAAGCAAUUGAAGACAUGGGAUUUGAUGCUAUCUUGCCAGACACAAACGAGCCAUUGGUAGUGAUAGCUCAGCCCUCAUUGGAAACACCACUUUUGCCCUCAACUAAUGAGCCAGAUAGUGUGAUGACACCAGUCCAUAGCAAGUGUUACAUACAGGUCUCUGGAAUGACUUGUGCUUCUUGUGUAGCAAACAUUGAGCGGAAUCUAAGACGAGAAGAAGGAAUAUAUUCUGUACUUGUGGCCCUGAUGGCCGGCAAAGCAGAAGUAAGAUAUAACCCAGCUGUUAUUCAACCCCCAAUGAUAGCAGAGUUUAUCCGAGAACUUGGAUUUGGAGCCAUGGUGAUGGAAAAUGCUGAUGAAGGGGAUGGCGUUUUGGAACUUGUUGUAAGAGGAAUGACAUGUGCCUCGUGUGUCCAUAAAAUCGAGUCUACUCUCACAAAACACAAAGGGAUCUUCUACUGCUCUGUGGCCUUGGCAACCAACAAAGCACAUAUUAAAUAUGAUCCAGAAAUUAUGGGUCCCAGAGAUAUUAUCCAUACCAUUGAAAGCUUAGGUUUUGAAGCUUCUUUGGUCAAGAAAGAUCGGUCAGCCAGUCACUUAGAUCAUAAACGAGAAAUAAAACAAUGGAAAAGGUCGUUCCUUGUGAGCCUGUUUUUCUGUAUCCCUGUAAUGGGGCUGAUGAUAUAUAUGAUGGUUGUGGAUCACCACCCUGCAACUUUUCACCAUAAUCAGAAUAUGAGUAAUGAAGAAAGGAUCCAUUCCCCUAUGUUCCUGGAGCAUCAGAUCCUGCCAGGACUGUCCAUUAUGAAUUUGCUGUCUCUUUUAUUGUGUCUACCUGUACAGUUUUGUGGAGGCUGGUACUUCUACAUUCAGGCUUACAAAGCGCUGAAGCAUAAGACAGCAAAUAUGGAUGUGUUGAUUGUGCUGGCAACUACCAUCGCAUUUGCCUACUCUCUGGUUAUUCUUCUAGUCGCAAUGUAUGAGAGAGCUGAAGUGAACCCUAUUACCUUCUUUGAUACGCCUCCUAUGCUGUUUGUGUUUAUUGCCCUAGGUCGGUGGUUGGAACAUAUAGCAAAGGGCAAAACCUCAGAAGCUCUUGCAAAGCUAAUUUCACUACAAGCAACAGAAGCAACUAUUGUAACUCUUAACUCUGAAAAUCUCCUCCUGAGUGAAGAACAAGUAGAUGUGGAACUUGUACAGCGUGGAGAUAUAAUUAAGGUGGUUCCAGGAGGCAAAUUUCCAGUGGAUAGCCGUGUUAUUGAAGGACAUUCUAUGGUAGAUGAGUCCCUCAUCACAGGGGAGGCAAUGCCUGUGGCUAAGAAACCUGGCAGCACGGUGAUCGCAGGUUCCAUUAACCAGAAUGGAUCCCUCCUUAUCCAAGCUACCCAUGUUGGAGCAGACACAACCCUUUCUCAGAUUGUCAAACUUGUAGAGGAGGCACAAACAUCAAAGGCCCCUAUCCAGCAGUUUGCAGACCAACUCAGUGGCUACUUUGUUCCUUUUAUCGUCUUGAUUUCCAUUGCUACCCUCUUGGUAUGGAUUAUAAUUGGAUUUCAAAAUUUUGAAAUUGUGGAAACCUACUUUCCCGGCUACAAUAGGAGCAUCUCACGAACAGAAACCAUAAUACGCUUUGCUUUCCAAGCCUCUAUCACAGUUCUGUGUAUCGCAUGUCCCUGCUCACUGGGACUAGCUACUCCAACUGCUGUAAUGGUGGGCACAGGAGUAGGUGCUCAGAAUGGGAUACUUAUCAAAGGUGGGGAGCCCCUGGAGAUGGCUCAUAAGGUAAAGGUAGUGGUAUUUGAUAAGACUGGAACUAUUACCCAUGGAACCCCAGUAGUGAAUCAAGUAAAGGUUCUAGUGGAAAGUAACAGAAUACCACGCAAUAAGAUCCUGGCCAUUGUGGGCACUGCGGAAAGUAACAGCGAACACCCUUUAGGAGCAGCUGUAACCAAGUACUGCAAGCAGGAGCUGAACACUGAAACUUUGGGUACCUGCACAGAUUUCCAGGUUGUACCAGGCUGUGGUAUUAGCUGUAAAGUUACCAAUAUUGAAGGUUUGCUACAUAAGAAUAACUUGAAGAUAGAAGAAAAUAACAUUAAAAAUGCAUCCCUAGUUCAAAUUGAUGGAAUUAAUGAACAGUCAUCAACUUCAUCUUCUAUGAUUAUUGAUGCUCAUCUUUCAAAUGCUGUUGAUACUCAGCAGUACAAAGUCCUCAUUGGUAACCGGGAAUGGAUGAUUAGAAAUGGUCUUGUCAUAAGUAAUGAAGUAGACAGUUCCAUGAUUGAACAUGAAAGAAAAGGUCGGACUGCUGUAUUGGUGACAAUUGAUGAUGAGCUGUGUGGCUUGAUAGCCAUUGCUGAUACUGUGAAACCCGAGGCAGAGCUGGCUGUCCACAUUCUGAAAUCUAUGGGCUUAGAAGUAGUUCUGAUGACUGGAGACAACAGUAAAACGGCUCGAUCUAUUGCUUCUCAGGUUGGCAUUACUAAGGUGUUUGCUGAAGUUCUGCCUUCCCAUAAAGUUGCUAAGGUGAAACAGCUUCAAGAGGAGGGAAAACGGGUAGCGAUGGUAGGAGAUGGAAUCAAUGAUUCUCCAGCUCUGGCAAUGGCAAAUGUUGGAAUUGCCAUUGGCACGAGCACAGAUGUAGCCAUUGAAGCAGCCGAUGUGGUUUUAAUAAGGAAUGACCUUCUGGAUGUUGUAGCAAGUAUCGACUUGUCAAGGAAGACAGUCAAGAGGAUUCGAAUCAAUUUUGUCUUUGCUCUAAUUUAUAAUCUGAUUGGAAUUCCCAUCGCUGCUGGAGUUUUUCUGCCCAUUGGUUUGAUUUUGCAACCAUGGAUGGGAUCCGCAGCAAUGGCUGCUUCAUCUGUUUCUGUAGUACUUUCUUCCCUUUUUCUCAAACUUUACAGGAAACCAACUUAUGACAAUUAUGAGUUCGGUGCCCGAAGACACACAGGACAGAGGAGUCCUUCAGAAAUCAGCGUUCACGUUGGAAUAGAUGAUGCUUCCAGAAAUUCUCCAAGACUGGGCUUGCUGGACCGGAUUGUCAAUUACAGCAGAGCCUCCAUAAACUCACUACUGUCUGACAAACGCUCCCUCAACAGUAUUGUUACUAGUGAACCUGACAAGCACUCGCUUCUAGUGGGAGACUUCCGGGAAGAUGAUGACACCACACUGUAAAAGGUCUCGGGGGAUGCUGCUAGUUGAAGUUCUUGUGCACUGAUGGAGCACGUACAUUGUCAUGGAAGGAUCUUAUGUCAGUCUCAUGCUCUUAUGUGCAGGAUUCUAUCUGAGUUGUAUUUGUUAAUGGCAAAAAUAGAUUUCUCAGGGCAAGAGCUCUGAACCUGGCAUUAUCCAAAACAAAUUCCCAGCAGUUUUGUUUUACUUGGGAUAGAGGAUAGAGCAGCAAGUUUAGAACUAACUCCACAGUUAGAGGUUGCUGACUUGCUGCUAAUAUGGCAAAUCAUUUUUAUUUGACCAAAAAAGUGCCCAAAGAGAGGAUGAUUAAAAAUGUGAAGAUUUGAGAGCAUGACCUUGAGGAUAUU